CCAGGCUAUAAAGUGGGGGCCUCACUGCGCCCCGAAACACAAGCCCGCUCACUCCAACAAGAAGCAGCAGCUGCCCAGACUUGAGCCCAACACCGCGAUGUCUGAGACCACAAAACCCGCUGCUCCCGGCCAGGCUGCGGAGGAGAAGGAGAAGGCGGCCCCAGCGCCAACUCCAUCCCUCGACCCUGCUCCUGUCGCAAACAGCAAGGGCGAGGAGCCCUCCACAGAAGCCUUCAGGAUCGUCGUCUUCGAGCAGGAGAACUUCCAAGGCAGGCAGAUGGAGUUCACCAGCGAAUGCCUGAACCUGGGCGACCGCGGCUUCGACCGGGUGCGCAGUGUCAUCGUCACCUCUGGACCGUAA